UGGGGUAAACCACGAAGCGGGAUGGUCUCGAAAGCGACUCGAGGGUAUUUUCAUCGCGGCAGUGCAACAUGUGCACCCAGUACUACCGGUGCACGCAUUCGUCUCGAUCACUCUCUACCAGCUCGCGUUACCAAAUUUGUGGCGGGCAGCGGGUGCGUUCGACCUCCGGCAGAUAUGAGUCGCGUCAGUGAUAGCUUUCGUGUAGUCUGUUGUUAACUUCUCGAUCGAUGAUGAUUAGUGACGAUCUCAGUGCGAUCGGCGCCUUAUCGUUGGAGAACAUCAGCGAAAUGUAGGUAGUCGGAUGACGACAAUAUUGUUACCCGCGAGAUGGUAAUAUGGCGAACAUUAAGGUGGCCGUGCGCGUGAGACCGGUAUCUGUUAGGGAAUUAAAUUUGACGGGGUCCGCAUUGGUGGUUCGCGCGGAAUCGAAUGAGAUCUCCUUGACGAAUUUGAAGAUAUCGUCGAACAAAGUCGGAGACAGUCGCGAGAGGACUCGGAGAUAUGAUUUUGAUUACUGCUUCGAUUCUUCGGAUCCUGAAACGAAGAAUUACGCCACUCAAGCGACAAUCUACGAGACAUUAGGACAGUCCAUCCUGGAUGCUAUGUUCUCUGGAUAUAAUUCUUGCCUGGUGGCUUACGGACAGAGCGCGUCGGGCAAAACCUACACCAUGAUGGGCACGAAGGAGGAUCCAGGACUAAUCCCACGGCUCUGCGAAGGAAUCUUCUCAAAAAUCGAGCAGGAGAGCGAGCACGAGAGGAUCUAUCGCGUGACAGUUAGUUAUCUGGAGAUAUAUAACGAGAGGGUAAGGGAUCUCCUGAAGCCGUCGACGAGCACGAGCGGUCUUCGAGUUCGAGAACAUCCUCGACUAGGACCUUACGUUCAAGGAUUGACGCACCAUGUAGUUCGCACCCUGGGGUCGUUGAUAUCAUACGUGGAGGAAGGCACGAAGGCGAGGAAGACAGCCUCGACACUUCAGAACCCCAGCAGCAGUCGUAGCCACGCUCUACUGACCGUCGAUCUCUCGCAGGAGACGACCGACGCCGAGCGUCCUAACGGCAGUGGUACUUCUUCGUCCUCCAGGAGGCAAGACGCCACUCCGCGCGGCGGUAGCAGGUUGCACCUAGUCGAUCUGGCGGGCAGCGAGAGCGCGGCCACCUGCAGCGGCGUUCAUCGACUGAAGGAAGGUGCGAAUAUCAACAAGAGCCUAGUGGCUUUAGGGAACGUGAUAUCCGCACUCGCCGAGAGAGGCUCAACCGGAAGUAGGCCAGGAAGAAGAUACAUCCCUUACAGAGACUCUUCGCUCACUUGGCUGUUGAAGGAUGCACUCGGCGGAAAUGCCACCACCAUUAUGCUCGCCACGAUCUCUCCGGCUAGCGGAAGUUACAACGAGACCGCGCACACCCUACGAUUCGCGCAAAGAGCGCAGAGCGUGGUCAAUCGACCAGUGGUCAACGAGGAUCCCGUGGAGAGAAUCAUUCGUGAAUUAAGGGCCGAGGUCGCCAGAUUGAAAUCUUUAUUAUCGGAAAAGGAUAUCGACCAGACUAAGGCGCCGUGUUGCUGCGGCAAAGUUCAAAGUUCAAAGGAUUCCGCGACGGACCCUCAGUAUCGCACAGAACAGGAAUCGCUCAACACCUCACGAUCCAAAAAAUCUGAUCAUAAGAACAAGACUAUACAAUCGAAAGAUAACAGAUUUCUCAAUGUACUUCCGAUAAGAAGAUUCAAUUCCAGUGACAGUGUGACGGCUUAUGAGACGGGUUCUUCAAGGUCCAUCAGAAAAUUCAAAUCUUUCGAGCAUCUGCAACUUCCGGAUCGCUUUGUUGGCAGUUAUAAACAGGCCAAGGUUACCGAGUUGAACGACGAGGACGACGAGGUGGUGGACGAGAUCAAUGAACCGGUUUUCGUGGAUAUACCUACGCUGGUAGCUGUGCUGAUCAAGCCGGACGACAGUUUGCAAGAAUCGUCGGCACAGAUCGAGGAGAUUUGUUCCGAUGAAGUGCAAGAAGAUUCGAUCGAUGCCGAUUUUAUAGAAGGCAGCAAUGAAGAUUUCGAAGGACCGGAAAAAAUUGACGACGAUCCUGAUGAUCGCAGUAGCUCAGCAAAUUCCUGCAUCUUGAAAGACUCGGAGAUUGUUGAUCUUCAUCAAAUUACGUCAGAAUGCCCUCCACAAAGUCCGGCAUCCGUUGGAAGAAGCAGACCGAGAGGUAAAUUCAGUAAGCAAAAUUCCGUCGAUUUACCUUCGUCAAAUUUGAACGUCUCAAAGAAGUUCGGCUCUAUCGACGGGAUUAACAAGAAGAAAGAACCAUUUUUCGGUGUUCAACGAUCGCAUACGAACUUGGAGAAACGUCCGACGCUGCCCGAUCGUGGAAAGAAGCUCAAUAAUAUUCGCGAGAUUGACGAUCGCAAGGCAAAUAUUAAGUCGACGAAUAUUUGGAGAGCGAUCGGCAGCAAGGAUCAUCUGCAGAGAAAGAGCAGCAACGAGUCUGACAAGAGUCUGAAAGACACCAACAGAGCAGGUAGCUAUAAUAAUAUUGGCAGAAAGCCGAGUUUGGAAAGCUUGAAAAGGAAAACUAGCAAGGACAGUAGCUCAAGCAGCUCCAAGGACGAACAGAUCUUGAUUUCGAAUUUGACGCGCGACAGGUUAGCGCGCAGAAAGAGCUCCUUAGAUCGGGAAGCAGCGACGGCAGCGGCGGGUGGUUUAAAGCAUCACACAGCCAUUCAGAAAGUAAAACGCGCCGAGAUUGUGGCGGCCGUCACAGAAAGACUCUACUCCAGUAGAAAGCCCAUAGAAGAGGCCAACAUGGCGAGUAGCAAUACAUCGGGUACGCGUUCACCGCCGGAAAGUACCGACGUGAAGAUGCCAGGCAGUCUCCUAGCGCGAUCGAAACUUCAGGAGAUUUCGCGGAAAAUGCUGAUGAAACGACGAAGGAUCAACGUGGACACGCAGACGGAAACGGCGUCGACGCUGCGCUUCAAGGAUAUAGCGUGUCUGACGGACGAACCUAAGGUGGUACUUCAAGACGCAGCGGUCCUCACAGACGAUCAUACGGACGUCGCGGUAAUCGAAAUGGUAGAUCGUCGAUUACCUGUUCUUAGGGUAAAGGACAUGGCAACGUUGACGGAUCAACGACCACCAACCAGCAUCUUCCGCUGCAAGGAUGCCGAAAGCUUGACCACCGACCUCGACUUCGAUGACUAUGAACUUCACUCGCCGCGAAAUGAUUCCGGUAUACUUUCCGACGACGUGCAGAACUAUACUGAGAGCAAUCUGUCUAGCGCUGAUGUAUCCGAGUUUUAUCCGGAAGGUGACAAAAAAGUACCGUGCGUGAAUAUCGUGGAUAGUUCGACCAAUACGUUCCUCUCGUCGCCGGGGAGGAAUUCGGCGGUGCAAACGGCACGUUUAGAAGCAGUGAGUCAGCAAAAAAAUAAUUCGGAGAGCAGAAACUAUAGCAAAUGCUGUAGUUUAUUUCACGAACUCAACCAACAUGUACGAGCGAAUAGUCCCGAGAAAAACGUUAUCUCCAUAUCUUUACCGGAAAUGAUCAAUAUAACUAUCGAGAGCACGAAUGGUCUAGAAUCAAGAAUAGCGGUGAUAGACGGCAAUGAUGAUGCCGUAGAAGAGAAAUCGAAACCUAUUUCUAGCGACAAGGCAGCUCAGACGGAUGAAGAGAUUAAAAAUGAAAUCAAAGGAUCUUUUUUAAAGGAUUUUACAGUCAAAUCGACAGCCACUCAGGCGGACGGCAGAGUUUUCAGGAUCGAGAAUAUCUUUCAAGAUCCGAAAGGCAAAAGCUACCAUGACGUGACCUCCGAUUUAAAGAAAGAAAUUGCGAUGAAGAAGUCGAUUACUUUUAAAAGUUCUUUAGGUACUUCUUCUGUCAUCGGGAUGAAAGAGAACAGCACAGAGACGGAAUGGAACGGAAUAUACAUUAAUGAUGUUUGUCACAGAACGCGGCCGAUUCCGAAAGGCGGUUUAACGCAGGCUUUCAUCAUUAAGAAACGUAGCUACAGUUUGAAUCCUAGAAGGACAAUACAAAGAUUUGCCCGUCAUGAUCUAUGGAAGAAUUGGACCCUUCCGUAUCCAGAACAAUCGCCAGAAUUUUCCGAAUUUUAUAACAGAGAGACAGCUAUGCCAUCUUCUACGCAACAAGAUACUAAUUUAGAACUAAUUGAUGACUUAUUCUCUUCUACAAUGAACAGCGAAUAUACUUUUGUCGCUAAAAUUCCAGAAGAAACGGCUCAGGAAUCAUGUAUUCAAGACUCUAAAGACAGAUGCAAGAACUUGAAGAAAUCAAAAUCUGUUUCGCUAAAGAACUUAUUAAACUACGAUUAUAAUUUUUCGGAUGACAGUCUUGAUUACGAUGAAGACAACAUCACGAAGGAAACAGAUGAAGCGAAAGCGGUGGAUUCGCGUGAUGACAAGAAUUACGAGAGCCCUUGUCCUCCGGAUGUCGUUGCGCACACGAAAAAGGAAACUUUGAAGUCGAUGAGUCAUGUAGAUUCGGUUAACGUCGAGUCCUCGAUAGAUGACGAUUUUGAUGAUACUCAGAUCGAAUUUCCGAAGAGAAAACCUACUGAAGUGUCAGAGAAGAAUCUAAUACAGGAUUUCAAGGCAUUAAUCCUAGGAACAUCAUCGAAUAUCGUAGAUAGUGACUCCGAAGAAAAAGCAAAAACGUGUAUCAGGCAGUUUGAUAAUAUCAGCAAGAAAAAGGUGUCUUUUUCAAAUCCUAGUAACUUCGAGGAGAUAUCUGACGUUGUGACUAAUCGUAAAAUUCUAACAUCAAAGCAAAACUCAGAGGUAGCUUUGAAGUCUAUUAUUAAGAAGAUAAAGAAGAAGAAGCCGGUUGUGACUGAAAAUUUGGAUAUCGUUCAAAUGUCGAAUGUCGAAAAUGGUCAGUCCUUGCAACAGAAAAAGAUACACUCAUCAAAGAGCGAGGAAGUUCUAUCUACUUUGAAAGAGAAUCAUGAUUCCGAGGAUUCCGAAAAAUCGCUUAAUGACGAGAAGGUGGAGUUCUCCAAUGAAGAUUAUCGCGAGAAUUCUCGCAACGAAAUUAUCGAAGACAAUGUCGUCAUCAAUGAAGACACCCGUUCUCGUACAGCAUCGAAGAGAAAUAUUCUUGAAGAUUAUUUGAAUGAGGCAAUAACCUUCAUGCGCAACAUGAACUCUAUCAACGAGUACAUGAGUGCCACAAACAUGUUGGAGAACUAUGGAAAGCGUCGCAGAAGACGAGGUCGUCGUGAAAACAAUCCGAGCACGGACAAAGAUUACACAGAGUUCCGAGGGCGCAGAGUUAGCCUGAAGGAUGACACCGACAAAUACUUGCAACCGGAUAAUGAUGAAGUUGUUGCUGUCGAAUCCUACGUGAAAUGUUUGAAAGGUAUCGAGAGAUUGGAGGCAUGCAUCGAUAAAGUCAGCAAGCAUAAUCAGGUCCUUCGGGACAAAUAUGGUAUCGAUGUCGAGUCUGCUGGCGCUAAAUCGAGUUUAGCGAGUCCCAGUGUAGACUCCGGUGUGUUCAGCAUCAUUGACAACGCGAUCCAUCAAUGCGGGAAUACUGUUUCCGAAAAUGAUGCUGAGAAUUGCGAUGAGUCCAAUCUUUUCAGGAUUUCCUUGCCGCUUUUGUCUUCCACUCGAAUUGACGUCACAAAACGGUCUACGUCAAAUGAGCCAGAAAAGUAUCGAGCUCUUACUGAGACAGACGAACACGAUCUUGACGACAAGAACAACAAUAUUACAACUGAGGAUGAUCUCGAGCGUAAAAUCUUCGAUCAACUAAUGGGCGCAGCCGAUUUUAGUAAAUGCUGGAGUCUGAAACAAUCCCGACAGGAACGCCUCCGGAAAAUAUCCGACCUUAGAUCGCAAAGCCCGACAACUUACUCCAAGUUACGAGGGACUUUUCAACAAGACACUCAUGGCAUUCUUAAUUUCGACGAAGUUUCUACCGCCGAGGAUUAUCUCGGCCACAUUCGUGGAAUUGAGAGUAGCGCCUGGACAUUUAAGAAAACGAAACUCUCGGAUCAAGCGGACGAUAUAUCGUCUACUAACUCGAGGACAUCGAUCGGUUUAAAGAUUGAUUCUGAAGAAUUUUGCAACGAAUCGCCGAAAGACUACGAUAAUCUGUCAGACAUUGAAGCGUCAAACGAACCGACGAUUUUCGAGAUAAAGCAUCAUGAUUAUCUGGCAGACCCUGCAAAAUUGAUCGCGAUAGGACAAACGCCUUAUGUAAAAAAAGAAAUCACGCGGAGGUCAAGAGAUAGUUUAAGAACUGAUUUAAUGAAUCCCAAACUUGGAGAUUCUUUCACCGUGGAAUUGAAAUAUCCCGGUAGUCCAAGGGCGAAAUUUUUGGAGCUUUUAAAAGAGAGAAGACGUAUCGUAGAAAACAGCAGAGGUACGAAUGCAUUUUAAGGAUAUCAUUCAAGCGAUCUUUCUUUUAAAAUUAUAGAUUAUAAUAUACCUAUUAUAACAUUUGUAAUAUAUUCAUAUGUAUAUUCUUAAUCUUUAGGGUUUUAAUUUUGUCUGUAAUAAUUGUAGAAACUGUAGGAACAAAUAGGUAACGAAUGUAUUCAGAUAUUUCAUUAGAUUAAGUAAUAAUACAGAACACUUUACCUCUAUAUUAUCACUGUAAAUAAAAAUUUUUA